AACUGGAGAAGCCUCUUGGACGAGAGGUGAAACAUCUUCCAGAGCCUACACCCGAGUCCAGUUGCUCCUGACUCAACGCCCCCCUUUUGAGUAUGACCCAGAAGAAUGAGAAUCUCGACAGGUGUGUCUUGAAUGAUUCACUUUAUUCAAUGCGAUGCCUUGACUGUGAGUUUCAUCAUGUUUCUAGAACGCCCCUUUAACUGGAGCCAACGUAAUGUGCUUGUUGAAGCACUGCCUGCAGACACAGUGGACACUUCUGGGUUUGAGAACCAUUAUGGUGGACAAUAACAUGAAGGGGGGUUCACAUUGUAUCACAGACCAGUGGAUAGUUAUGCUUCAGUUAUGCCAAUGGAAGGAGUGUAAAGGAUUAUUUGGCAUAAAAACUUGUUGUUUUUUUCCAUCUAUGUUUCUAUAUGCAGCCGAUUGGCCCGUGGGCUACAUCCAGUCUCUGUCCUGCGCCUCUUCGUUCCGGGAGGGAGGGCUGAGUGAGUUGCACUACGCCCUGCUGGGGACCGUCAGUGGAACUGCGGCUCUGCGCACGGAGGGGCCCCCGCUGCUGCGGCGUCUCUGCUGGGAACGCGGAGAGGACAAAUGAGCCUGUGCGGAUUCCACAAGAGAUGGACAAAGGCCUUCCGUAGCUGCUGCUCCUGUGUGAUGAAGGCAGCCCUUCGUUCCCAUUGUGAAGAUGGAAGGAAGAGGAAGACGCCACUAGGUCAGGGAUGGUGGAAGAGGACGGUCAUGUGGUGAAGGACAAAACGGGGGCACAGACUUCGGAAUGCCACGGGCUGUCUCUCUGCUGCCCGUCCUGCUGGCGCUCAUGGGAUAUGGUAAGGGCCUUCGCAGGGCUGAGUAUCUGGCCCUCCUUCCACGUUGCCCUUAGCAACGCCAGUGUGUUUGUGAACUUCAUCACGAAAUCCAACAUCAGCACCGUCCGCAACACAAGCCUCUCACUAGUCAACACGCAAACCAACACGACACUUCUGACCAGGACUCUCCCCAACAACCAAUCGUCCGGCAGGUUGGAGUUCGACUGCUCCUGCUUCCUGUACGCAGGGGCGUUCAGGUUCCUGCUGAGGCAGACCAGCACCACUGCUCGUUCUCAUCCCAACGUCACAGAUGUCGGCUGCGCGGAGAGCACCGCCUGGUGGUGGAGCUCGGAGCUGCAGGUGCAGUGGCCCACCUUUCACAUCGCAGUGGAGAGGGCUGGAAACCACUCAGGAUCUUUUCAGGUUGGAAUAUCCACGAAUGAACACUUCCAGGCUUGUUCCAGUGGCCUCGACUCUGCUCUCCUCCUGGAGGUCAGCUACAUGGAGUACAACCAGAUUGGGCGAAACAGCAUUGACAAGGUUCGAGCCCGCACGCGACACCCAAUCAAACCCCUGCGUUCCCAGAGCGUUGAGCUGCCCUGUGCCUUCCCAUUCACAGAGAGAGACUUCAUACAGGUGGCUUUGCGGUCUCCUCAUACAGCGCAGGAGGUGAAGAGCUCUGGGCCACUCUAUCUCUCGCGAAUCUUCUCCUAUAAACUGCUGGUGGAAAACGCCAAUGCUUACAAGAGUGGCUGUGAAGGGACUAUGACUGUGAAACUCAUAACACCUCCGUGCGCCCACAUCAAUGGGAAAGUAUUGCUGUAUAAGGACGCAGGUGUCGGAAAAGGUGUUGCUGUUUCCUCUGGGAUUGGAGCAGCUGGAACAGCGCUGAUGGGGUUUGGUCCAGAGGAGCCUUCCUCCCCUCCGGUGGCCUUUAACUGGCUGACUCAGGGAGAGAAUGAGACCGAGUUCAACUGUUCCGUGUUUGACCCAGGAAGGAGCAAGUACUGCUUUCGCUUUGUUUUCAACUUCAGUCGCUCCCCGAGUCCAGCACAGACCUGUCUGGUGGUUCAUAGGAGUUCAGAGUCGUGGGGGCCCUGGCAGCCAUGGAGUGUGUGCAGUGUGAGCUGCGGAGAGGGGGUGAGGGAACGAGUGCGUGAGUGUUUGCUGCCCUCAAGUGUGGGAGGGAUGCAGUGCACUGGCAUGGUGAAGGAGCAGUCCCUCUGCUCACUGGAGGAAUGUGUUGCUUUGCCUGCUCCAUCUCCGUCCCUCCCCCCUAUUCCUGUCGGAUACGCAGCCCUAGGUGGUAACAUGGUCGUGGUGGCUGGUAUCUCCCUCUGCCUCGCUGUAAUUCUGGUUACUAUUGUGGUGACUGUUUGGAGAAAACUUUGCCGAACCCCUCAGUGCAGCUCUGUCCGCAGAGGCUCCAUGCAUUCCCCCGGGGGCCGCAAGCUGUCCGACGAGGCCUCCAUCUGUGGACACAGCCUCCAGAGACCCAGCCUUACCGACGGCCAUGGCCCACAGGGAAGCGUGGGUGUAGCCCAGAAAGACAGGCCUCUCCUGGGCAGUCAGCCUCUGUCACAGACCCUGGUGAUACCGCAGUCACAGGACCCAGAGAGGCUGUCUCCCACAGGUCAGAAGAUGCUGCCGCCAAUAUUUGGGUAUCGCUUGGCUCAGCAGCAGCUGAAAGAAAUGAAAAAGAAGGGGUUAAGAGAGGCCACACAGCUCUACCAUGUCUCUUCAAGCCCAGUCCAUGACACCUUGAUGGAGACAUCUGCUUCGCCCACCAACUCCCCGAUUCCAACACCGACUGGAUUCGCUCAUCCCGGCCUCCCUCCGGGCCUCCAGGAUGACGCCAACUUUAACCAUUUUCAUACUGCAGCUCCCUAUGCUGAGCCAGCGUUGCAGACUUCGAGGGUCACGCCGGACAGACUGAGCCCCAGAGUGGAGCUCGUCUUAAGUCCUCCUGUCUCUGCAAGCGGGGGCAGCUCGAAAUCGCGUGACCGCACUGCCCACUGGGUGGAGAUGGUGGAGAGGAGUGGGAUAUCAGGUCUCAGAAGAGGGGGAGGAGGAGGAGACGCAGGAAUGGAAAACAUCAUUCAGAAAAAUCCAAAUUUCCGCCGCACCUCUAGUUUCAAUGAUACAAAACCACAACCUCCAUCUUCUGCACAGUCCAAACACUUCAGAGAACGGAGCAUGACCCAGGUGGGAUCUCGGACCCUACCUGAGGGAAGUUGUUGGACCAGAGGAGGAUGGGAUAGACAGCCAUACCGCUCUUACCCCAUUCCAGAGCAUGGGGCUGCAGAGUGGACUAAAUCCGGACCCCAGAGAAAUGAACAGAGGAAGCCCUGGAUAGAGACAACUGUUCCCUCGCACAACAGUGAACUCAAACACACAGGAACCAACACAAACAGCAUUUCAGCAUCCGAGAAAGAUGCUACAGGAGGCGUCAGUGGCACUGGAGAAAGGCGAAGGAGUGGUGGGCCUGUGGGUGGAGCUAAAGAGGGUCUCUCGGGGAUUGGGGGUCCGGCCGCGGGGCCUGCCACUCCUCACGGCGUGAACCAGCUGAGUAUAGAGCGAGCAGAGCUCAACUGGAACCGUCGUGGCCCAUCGCCUAUCCAGAGGAACAUCCUGGCCCGGAAAUUGAAGGAGGCUCAGUCCUGCUCUGGGGUCAGGGGUCGGCAGCGAAGUUCCACCUUCAGUGCUUCAUCGUCCGAGCCGAGGACGGGUCGCUGCCACUCUCUACAGAUGUCUGGAGACUACAGCAACGGCAGUGGGGGCUCACCCUACAGGCUGAGUGAGGCCGAACAGAGGAUGCUGGACCUUGACCUGUCCUCAUCAUUUGUAGGCGAAGAGGAGUAGAUCACCGGGGGUUGAGGAACCAUAACUGGGUUUACUACUUUAACCUAAUAUGAAGAGACACACAUAUCGGUGAAGAUUGUUACAUAUAUUAAGAAUUUUAGGGCCUUGGCAUAUCUGUAAGAUGCAGAGCAAAAAUAAAAUAUCUAAACGUAAGUCAGUUCAUUUUAAAAGAUGUGCUCCUGUUGUUUUUCAUUGCUAUGUUAAUAUUUCAAAUUUUGAUUGGCAUCAUAGCUGAACACAUUUCUCUUGUUCCUAGAAUGACAGAAUUUUUUUCCAUUUUCAAGAUACUUUCAAGAUGGGUCUCUUUGAAUCUACUCUAUUUACAAAAAAAAUCUAAGUUGACCCUUCACCUCCAUCUGUAGAUGAUGACAGUGUUCAAAUCACUAGAAAAGACUGGACUUAUUGUUCUACUCUGCUGUAUGUGUUGUUUUUAUCAUACUAUGAAGUCAUGCUGUGCCAUCACUACGAAAUGGUUUACUGUUUAGGGACAUGCUCAAUGUGUGAUCUCAGCUAUGUCAAGCAUUUCUCAUGUUUUUCCUGCAAAGUGCACAAGCUGGAGCACUAGUAUCCAGCUGUGACGAAGGACAGUCGAGUACGAACACCAGCGAGGCCACACGGCUGAAAUGCUGUUUGUUUUAUUGUUGGAGUAAAAUCAUACACUUUAUAGAAAAGAGACUGUAAAACAGAAGAUGCUGUGCUAUCGACGUCGACAAAGGGAGAAAAUUAAAAUAUACAGAAUUUAAAUAUGA